AGGUAAUCGUCUAAGCGAAUGAUGUACCUGCGCUCUCUAUGCUUAUUUCUCAUUGUAUUCGCAUUUGCUACGGCAUACGAGGCAAACGAUGCCGAUCUUGCGAGGUUCACAUCAUAUUGCAACGACUUCUGCAAAGUCCGCAACGGUAGAUACAGAAGGGAAAAGCUAAGCAUAGAAGAAUGCGUGGAGCAGUGUUACGAAGAAGUGGAACGGCUGUGGAAAACAGAAAAAAAUUAGAAGGCGGU